AUGAAACAGCUCAAGCUGGACGAGUUCUUUCUUCGAGGCGGGGGUGAAAACCAACAUACGCGCGUGAGGCAAGGUCCAAAUCAAGUGUACCGAGAACGUUCCGUGUUGCAAGCAUUUGCGGAGUAUGAAGACGUGGCGCAAAAUGUAUACGUGUGUAGACCUCGUAACAGACCCACGACACAAACAGAGUGUGUGGAAGGCCACUGCGCAUCAAACUACAAAUGUGGGAACCAACGAAUGCAACGUGGCAGACAUGCAGAACUAUCGCUGGCGUCCCUACCUGGCAAAUGCAUCUCUUUGAUGGCGGACAUGCCAAUCGAGCGUGAUACGUUGAUAGCUCAGUACGUAGGCGAGGUGAUAAGUCGAGCGAUGUAUCGGGAACGUGAAGAAAAGAGUAGUUUAAAUAUGUACAAUAAGGAAGAAAACAAGGAGGAAGAUGCGCCCUUGAAAAAUGAAAUCUUUUACGACUAUAAGAUCAAUAUGGAACCAUGGGCGUACCGUGACUCUCAAAGUCUCCCCCAGAGCAAGCGUCGGAAGCGUAAAGACCGUCUCCUUGAUGCUAAUGAGGCUGCCAAUCAUGUGAACGACAACAAAGUCAACUACUGGAACGAGCCGGCUAAAAUGAAGAUAAUCUUAGGGAACUCGAUCAAAACAUCAACCAGGAAAUACCAAGUAUACCCAUCACGGAUGAUGAUGUCAGCGAAUUACGAGGAUCGCUACUACUACUACGAGUUCGAAUGGCAGUGA